AUGUCAACAAGUAUUUAUUUUAUCACAAGCAACAAGGGAAAGCCCCUUUUAGUAUAUGAUGGUUAUCUGUACAAGUUGAAUAAAGCAACUGAGAAAGUGAAAUAUUGGACUUGUCAAGAACGUACGUGUAGUGCUAGUGUUCAUACAGAUUCUGAUGAUCAAUUUAUAAAAAGUAAAGGUAAUCAUGGUAGUCAUUUACCAUCACCCGAGGAAAUAGAAUGGAGAAUGUUCAAAAGUGUAGUUAAAAAAAGAAUAAAAGAAGAAUCAAUUGCAAUUGGUUUAAUAUAUGAUCAAGAACUUGCUCGUGCAAAUUUUUCUCAAGCUGGUCUAGCAGUUAGUUUAUCAUCACAAGAAGUUAAAUCAUCACUUAAUAAACUUCAUCGUAAAACAACACCUAUAUUACCUGAUUCAAGUGAUUUUGAUAUACCAGAUUUAUAUUCAACAACAAUUGAUAGUCAACGAUUUCUUUUGGGAGAUCGUACUUAUCACAGGAAACGAAUUCUAAUAUUCUCGACUGAUGAACAAUUAACUGUGCUUUUUAAAGCAAAACAAAUUAUGUUGGAUGGUACAUUUGAGGCCUGUCCACCUUAUUUCGAACAGGUUUAUACACUUCAUUGUAUUAAACAUGGAAAAAGUUUUCCUUGUGUAAUAGCUUUAUUAGGUGGUAGAUCUACUAAUAUUUAUAAACAAUUAUUUAAUGAAUUAGAAAAUCAUGCAACUCGAUUACAACUCGAUGAUCCUACAGCUAUUUUAUCUGAUUUUGAAAAAGCUUUACUUAAAGCUUUUCCUCAAGCAACACAUCAUGCGUGUUACUUCCAUUUUUGUCAAGCGGUUUACCGCAAAAUUCAAAAUCUUGGUCUAGCUACACAUUAUCGAGAUGAUGAACAUAUUCGUGAUACAUGCCGUCAAUUAAUGAGUCUUGCCUUAUUACCUUGUCGAGAAGUUGAAUUUGCAUUUGAAGAAAUUGUUUCAAAAGCACCACCACUUCUUCUUAAUUUAAUUGAUUAUUUUCGAAACUUUCGGUUUCGACAAAUGCCUGUAAAACUUUGGAACGUACAUAAUCUUGAUAUACGUACCAACAAUUACGCCGAAGGUUGGCACAACAGGUUUAACAGACGUAUUAAUAAAACUCAUCCUAAUAUUUGGCACUUCAUCUCAACUUUAAAACAAGAAGAAGUGUAUUUUAGACAACAAAUUCUUCAUAUGAAGAGUGGAAAAAAUAAAAAUAGGUCGAAAAAAGUUUGCGCGAUGCAAGAUAGGCUUAAUGCACUUUCAAGUCGAUUCGAUAAUCAAGAAAUUGAUGUUCAAGAAUAUUUACAUGGUUUAUCUUUCUUUGUUGCAAAAAAUGUGAAAAAUAAAAAUUAA